AUGGUCGACCUUGAUCUUCCCGACUCGGUUGCGGACCACGCCGGGCGUGGCACCGACGACGGAUGCGAUCUCCGCUUAAGCGGGGCGCUGGAUGAGCGACGUACCGAGCUGGCAUCAAGAGACUUUCUAGGAAAUAUCCCGGAAGCCCAGAGAACUGCCUCACAGUCACAGAAGACCGCUGUCCAUAAUGAACCCCUUGAGGGUCAUAGAAGCGCAUCUAGUAUUAAGGCAAGCGACUACGAUGUCGAGCAUAGCGGCUACACUACAGAAACGGCCGCGAGCACCGACUUCCUCCCGGGAUCAGCAUACAGCUCUCUAAGGGAUGUUCACCACCGCAAGCGUGUUCGCGAAGAGAGCCAGUUUGACUCAUCUACACACGAAGUUCUCAGGUACUACUCGUCAUCGCCUGAAGAUGAUUUCAAUGAGGUACCUGCCAUUCACCGUGGCGCAAGCCGAGAGGAGGUAUUUCUUCAAACUGUCCAAUACGUCAGAGAUGAGUUCCCCGAUGUCCCCAUCAUGGACAGACUCGUUGAACAUGUGCGAGACAGCUUGGUUCGUCGAGUCUCCGAGAAUCCUCAAUCUGAGAGACUCCACCACAGCAGUAACAGCCAGAGCCCCGACACCUCCGAGUUGAACGAUGAGUUGGUAUACCUUGCAUCCGACGAGGAGGAGCACCCCAUCGACUCCCCAGCCUCUGGAGACUCCUUCUCCGCCAUGAUGAUGGUGUUGGAUCUGCGGUGUUGA